AUAAAUUUAAGAUGGAUUGGUUUUAAUUGAGCACGAGCAGUCGCACCUAUGUUGUUGAAACCUGAAAGAAAAAAGAGACAGAUAUGGGAAAGAGACAAAGGCCUGGAACUAGUAGUGGGAUUAUCACCAUUGAUCUCGACUCUCCAGCUUCAGAGGAUUUUGAAAAUCAUCCUUCUAAACAGUAUGCUAGAAGUAGGAGGAUUGCCAAAAAACAGGGUGAAGAGACGAAAUGCUCUACAAUAGUAUCUUCUUGUUCUGUAGAAACCUUUCCUCAUGGUCACAAGUCAAAGAAGAGAUUGAAGGGUAAGGAUGCUAUCUCUGAAUCGAAGAAAAAGCUGGACACUCGAGCAUUUGACAUCCACUUUAAAAAUUUGUGGAGGAACUUCUCAGAAGAUAAGAGGAUGCCCUUUACAUACUUUGACAGCCUAUGGUUUGCUGCAUACAUGACUUCAUCAUCCAAAGAAUGUAUGCUGACUUGGAUAAAGGAAAAGCACAUAUUUUCGAAGCCAUAUGUUCUUGUUCCUAUUGUUUACUGGAGACACUGGAGCCUCUUGAUCUUCUGCAACUUGGGUGAAAGUUUGCAAUCAGAAAGUAGUCCUCCAUGUAUGUUGUUGCUGGAUUCACUUCAGAUGGCAGGCCCUAGACGGCUUGAACCAGCAAUAAGAAAGUUUCUAUUCGACAUUUACAAAUCAGGGGGCAGGCCUGAAAGUAGGGAGUCAAUUUUGCAAAUUCCAUUAUUGGUGCCUAAGGUGCCACAACAGAGAAAUAGUGAAGAGUGUGGUAAUUAUGUUCUCUACUUCAUAAGUUUGUUUAUGGAACAAGCUCCUGAGAACUUUCGCAUGAAGGAUUACCCUUCCUUUAUGACAGAUGAAUGGUUCAAUCUUGAAGGCUUGAAGAACUUUUGCGAGCAACUCAAACCCCUUGAAAAGUGAUUUUCUUGCGUUCCUAAGAAUCAAAUGAUAUAACUUUAUUAUUCAUGAUGGGAGGAUUUGAUAUUGUUGUAGUUAUACUUACAUGUGGGGGUAUAGUUAGAAAAAGAUUAGUCUUAUUCAGGUCCCCUAACUAUUUACUCUAUACUAGUAAUUAUGGUUUUUUUGUAUAAAAUUAUCAUGAAGAUGAAAAUAGAAGAAAUGGAAGUUGAUUGUGCUGA